AUGGAUUUCUACCUACAAAAGUCUUCCGAGAUAAAAACCUGUUUUGAUUAUAUGCUCAGAGUUCUCCCGGUGGGGACAGGACAUGUCACCUUGCCUCGUCUUGCAAAGAGUGAACUCCGGAGUUUGCUGAGAUUCAGCUCGGCUUAUUUUCCUCUUUGGUCACAGCCCAAACAGAGAAUGAUACUCAAGAACUACCAGCAGUUCAUAGUCUUGGUGUUUGCAGUCAGAGAGGUCAACAAGGAUCUGCUUCUCCUCCCCAACAUCACUCUUGGCUUCCACAUCUAUAGCAAUUCUCAGACUGAGGAGACAAUUUCCACAAUCAGCCUCUCCCUGCUCUCCACCCGGGGCCAAAUGGUUCCAGGUUACAAAUGUGACAUGAAGGAUCCUCUUCUCUCUGUCAUCGGAGGUCUCAACCCCAAAUCCUCAAGGCUGAUGGCCUCCAUCUUCAACCUCUUCAAGGUCCCACAGAUUCUUCCCCAUCUGAGGAAGGUCCAGUUCAACAACAGUGCUGGAGAGGAAGUCUCCUUCUCAGAAAACGGACUGGGGUCUGCUCGUUAUGAUCUUCUCAACUGGCUUUUCCUCCCCAAUCUAUCAUUUGUCCCCAUGAAGGUUGGGCAAAUAGAUCCCAGGGCUCCCCCAGGCCAGCAUUUCACCAUUAACUCUGAUGGGAUCACCUGGGCCACAAAGAAGGUGCCCUUUGCCAGGUGUGGCAUGAAACGGUGCCAGGCAGGAGAGAGGAGGAGAGUUCCGGAGGGAGAGCCGGUCUGCUGCUACCAAUGUGCCCCUUGUCCAGAAGGGACCAUCUCUAAUCAGACAGAUGCCGCUCACUGUGACCCCUGCCCAGAAGACCAAUAUCCCAACAAGGACAAGGACCACUGCAUUGCCAAGAAGAUCCACUUCCUUUCCUAUCAAGAGACCCUGGGAUACACAUUAGUGUCUCUCACUCUUUUUCUCUCCGUGAUCACAUCGGCAGUGCUGGCAAUUUUCCUUAAACAUCGUGACACACCGAUUGUCAAGGCCAACAACCAAGAUCUCACCUACAUCCUCCUGGUCUCCCUCCUGCUCUGCUUCCUCUGCUCCUUCCUCUUCAUUGGUCAACCCGGGAAGCUCACCUGUCUCUUCCGACAAACUGCCUUUGCCAUUCUCUUUUCCCUCGCGGUUUCCUCUGUCUUGGCAAAAACUGUCAUGGUGGUUCUGGCCUUCAUGGCCACCAAGCCUGGGAACAAGACAAGGAAACUCUUAGGAAAACCACUGACAAACUCCAUUGUCUUAGCCUGUCCCCUGGUCCAAGCAGUUCUUUGUGCCACCUGGCUGGUAACCUCCCCACCAUUUCCCAACAUGGACUUCCAUUCCUUGGUAGGUGAGGCCAUCUUGGAAUGUAAUGAAGGCUCAGCUUUGAUGUUUUAUGCUGUCCUGGCCUACCUGGGUUUCCUGGCCUUUAUCAGUUUUAUCAUCGCCUUUAUGGCUAGGAAAUUGCCCGACAGCUUUAACGAAGCCAAAUUCAUUACUUUCAGCAUGCUGGUCUUUUGCAGUGUUUGGAUCUCAUUCCUCCCCACCUACCUGAGCACCAAAGGGAAAUCCAUGGUGGCCGUGGAGAUCUUCUCCAUCUUGGCUUCUGGGGCUGGUCUCUUGGCUUGCAUCUUUUUCCCCAAAUGCUACAUUAUCCUACUGAGGCCCAGUCUGAAUUGUAGAGAAAAUAUGAUAAGAAACAAGAAUCUCUAAGUAAUGCUGGGAAAGGCACCAUUUAUAUUUAACUUUGAGGCAUAUUUAGAAAGGGACAGACCCUAAGAAGCAAGGAACCACCAAGGCCAUUUCUCUAGGUGUCUGACAAAGAAAUGAACUAUUCUCAGAAUAAAAGGAUGAUUCCUUAUUGGGCAAUGUAGACAUCCAGGGAUGGGGAGAAGGAGAAGCUAUUGUUUAACCAUGCAAGCCCUGCGCGGGAAAAACCAGAGCUGGUUUUGAUUGUUCAGUACCGAAAUGGUGUAGCCAAUAAAGUUUUGCUUUUGGAAGUACAAAGUUCCCGAGUGUGCUUACUUUUGUUGGGUUUCUAGUCGGACUGUUGACAUGUAGUUCAAGUUAUUUCAGAUUUUAAGUUUCUCCAGAUUUUAGUUCAGGUUAUUUUAGAUUUAGAUCAGGCACCCACAACUUCUGAAGGGAAGUCAUUCCACUAGUUAAUUGUUCUUGCUGUUAAGAAAUUCCUCCUUAGUUCCAGGUUGCUCCUUUCCUUGGUUAGUUUCCAUCCAUUGCUUCUUGUCCUGCC